GGUGGAUGGGGCGUCCACUUCUGCUGUCAUUCCCUGCCCGAGGCCGGUGUCUGCCGUGAAGGGAGCAGUUAAGCCGAAGAGGGUGAGGAGGCCGAAGAAUGGGUCGGGUAUCUCCUACCUGGAUCUCACCAAUAUCUUUUUGAUCAAGCCGGAGAGCAGUGCGGCCGACUAUCUUGUUGCCCAGAUGUACGUGGGGCCGUUCGGGCGGGUUAGGGCACCCAGGCCGACGGACCAUGUUCUUCUUCCGCCACCGGGAUACUUUGGGGUAUACCCGAUGAGUUUUGCUAAGGGGUUGAGGUUCCCCCUUCACCCUUUCAUCGCAGAGUACCUGGACAUGAUAGGGCUUCCUCCGGCCUUGCUGACGCCGAACAGCUAUUCCCUGAUGGUGGGCUUUUUACUCCGGUGUGAGGAGCUGGGCUACAGGCCGACAACGGCCCUAUUCAUGAAUUUGUACCAGAUCGGCCGAGGAAGCCACAAGAACUGUGCGGCCUAUGCUACUCUUCAACAGCUGCCGAAGAAGAGGAGCUUCACGGACUUGCCUUCGUCCAUCCAUGGGUGGAAGAGUAAGUUCGUUUUCGUAUCCCUGGGUGAGAGUGGCAAAGAGUUCCCCUCUCUCGGCCAUACCGAGAGGUUCAAUCUCCAUGACCCGCCGAAGAGCUCUAUCUUGGACGCUCAGGUGGAGGCUUUCCUGGAAGGGGGGCCGAGGAGCGUGAAGGAUUACGUUACUGAAUACAAGAUGACCGCCCUCGGCUUCUUCAGAUACCAUCUGUAUGGCGAUACGGAGGAUGACCUCCAACUCUGGCCGAGGAUGACCACCAUAUUUGAAGAGGCCGACGGCCCGGAUUUGGGCAUUCCUGCUGAGGCCGAUGGUAAUUAUUUCUUCGGCUUUCUGUCUUUAUGUUCUGUUCCUUUGCCUUACUAAUCUGUUGUGUUUUUCCUUUGCAGAUUUUGCCAUGGACCGUCGUUCCAUAAUGGCUAUUGCCAAGGCCAAAGCGGCCGAGGAGUUGGCAGCCAAGGCGGCCGAGGCGGCCAGACGUGCCGCGGCCGAUGGGGGCGGGGCUACUGCUGAUGCGGCCCCAAAGCCUGCCCAAUCGAAAAAGAAGAGGCCGGUCACUGACGGCCAGAAAAAAUUAACUGAAGCCGACCUGAGCGUCUCCAAGAAGACGAAGAGGGCACCUUCUCCUUCUCCGGCUACCGAGGCCGGUACUCUGACUAUCCCCAGCGUGGACGAUGGUGGUCCCGUCGUGGACUUUACUGCUGCUGGCGAUGCUGCUCCCUCGCUUCCUCUCGUCCAGGAACCCCGGACGAAGAGGGCCGGAAAGGAGAUUGUCGGUGCCACCUACCAGAAGAUGGUAGAAUACCCCGUUAGCGGGGGUGUGUUUGAUGAUGUCGUCCUUGGCCACGACGUCCUGGCCCAGGCCAUGCCGGCCAAAGAUCGGGCUUACUUAAAGAAGCUCGGGGACGUGAAGAUUUACGAGGGCGGCAUGGACCUCCUCGUCCAAAGUGCCUUUAUGCUCAUGGAGAGUCAUAAAAGGCAGUAUCGGGAGAUAGCUCGCUUGAAGGAGCUGGAACAGAAGGCUGCCUCGGCCGACGAGGCGGUAGCUUGCCUGGAUCGGCUCCGGGAGGAUGCCAGGGCGUUGCAGGCAAGGGCUGAUGAAGACGCUGCAGCCAGGGACGAUGCCCUGGCCAAGCUCGAGGAGUCCUAAAGGGCGCUGGAGGCCGAGCGGCGCAAGAGCGAGGAGGCCGUGAAGGCGAAAGCUGAGGCCGAGGCCGCCGUUGUGAGGGCUGCUGAUGAGGCCGUUGAGAAGUUCCUGGCCGAGGGGUGGAAGGCCGAUGAGAGGCUUCCCGGGUGCUACGGGGUGGUGGCCGCCAGGCUUGAGAGUUGGGGGAUGAACUCCCCCGCCAGCCAAGAGUAUUUCAGCAGAGAGAUGGCCGUGUAUUAUAACAUGGGCCAGGAGCGGAUGCAAAGGCUCCUGUGUCGGCGGCUGUCCCGCGCGUUGAAGGCCAUGAACUACACGUCCGGGUGGGCCAGACGGAACCUGAAGCUGCCAAAGCUGAUGAAGGAUCCAGAAGAGCAGGCCAAGCUUCCUUUGUCGGAGCGGGAGUCCCCUAUUGAAAGCUCCGGCCUCGGCGAGCCGGAUUACACUGAAUUUGACUUCCUUGACGAUGCCACUAGCGCUGCGGCCGCUGCCGGCCAGGAGAUUGAAGCCGAGGAGGGGGCCGACGAGGCCGAAGAGCCAGCCGCAGAUGGAGGUGCCCCAGAGGCUUGAUCGGCUACUCCUUUGUAGUUAAUUUUUAUUUUUGCCAAAUGAUGUAACGGCCGUAGCGCCCCCAAUUGUAAUGAACUUGACUAUCAAUGAAAAAUUUUUGCCGGCCUGCUCGGCUUUGAAUCCCUUGUAUGCUUGUUUGCCUUUUGUCAUUUCGAUUUUGAAAUUUUUUCUAAGUGUCAAGGUCACAACUUGGGUCACCUCGCGAGUGCCCGCUACGUCCAUGGGGUAGUCCACCCUGUCCGGUGGUCUGGUCGGCUUGUUCGUCGUUGCUUUACUACCAUAACACUUAGGAUUUUUUUCAGAAAAUUUCCUAAGUGUUUUGGGUUCACUUGGAUGCCUUCUUCCCGGUCUGGUGGCUUGGUCGGCCUGACCGUGUUGAUGUAGUAUCAUAACACUUAGGAUUCUUUCGAAAAAUUUCCUAAGUGUUUUUGGGUUCUUACAGUUGCUUCCUUGUGGCCUGGUGGCCUUGUCGGCUUGACCGGUGGUUCUUGGCUACCAUAACACUUAGGAUUUUUUUUUCAAAAAUUUCCUAAGUGUUUUUGGAUCCACG